AAACAAUCACGAAAAAGCCUAUGCUAAAUCCUCCCUCUCGCCGACCCGCAAUCUCCUCUCUCCUCUCUCUCGAUGUCGAUGAUUCGAUCCCAUUUGCUAAGCCCUUGAAUUUUCGAUCUCAACUUCACCCGCGACUCCACCGAAAUUUUGGCAAUGUGAGUGAGAGAGAAAGAGAGAUGGCGAGCUUAACCAGUAAACCCAGAAAUCUUGGCGUGUACAGCCACUUCCCGACUCCGUGCAUUCGCACACACCAGAUCAGUGCUCUCUUCCUUGUAGUCGUUACCUUCUUCUUCACAAGGCUUUUUGAUCAGUCAUUCUCGACCUGCAACUCCCUCACAUCAUCGGUUGAUAUCCGCGAUAAUUCAGUUGUUGGAACAGCGGGUAGCAGCGGAACUUUCCGGUGGCCGGAGCGAGGCUACGGGUCCCACCUGUCCCUGAAGAUCUAUGUAUAUACCGAGAACGAGAUUGACGGUCUAAAAGAGCUGAUGUAUGGUAGAGAUGGAAGCAUCAAGACCACCUCUUGUCUGAAAGGCCAAUGGGGCUCUCAGGUUAAAAUACACAAAUUGCUUCUGGAGUCAAGGUUUAGGACAAGGAGGAAAGAGGAAGCGGAUCUGUUUUUUGUGCCGGCUUAUGUCAAAUGUGUAAGAAUGAUGGGUGGUCUUAACGAUAAGGAAAUCAAUCGUACCUACGUGGAGGUCUUGAAACAAAUGCCAUAUUUCCGCAGGUCUGGAGGUCGGGAUCAUGUAUUUGUAUUUCCUAGCGGUGCUGGAGCUCACUUGUUUAGAUCCUGGUCAACGUUCAUCAACCGCUCCAUCAUUCUGACUCCCGAGGGUGACAGGACUGACAAGAAAGACACAAGUGCUUUCGAUACAUGGAAAGAUAUAAUAAUUCCGGGGAAUGUUGAUGAUGGAAUGACUAGAAAUGGGCCACCCGCCGUUCGGCCUUUGCCUCUAUCAAAGAGGAAAUAUCUGGCUAACUACUUGGGUCGUGCCCAAGGAAAAGCUGGUCGGAUUAAGUUGAUAGAGCUUUCGAAGCAGUAUCCAGAUAAGUUGGAAUGUCCAGACUUGAAGUUCAGUGGGAAUGAAAAGCUCGGGAGGUCGGAAUAUUUUGAACAUCUGAGGAAUGCAAAGUUCUGCCUCGCUCCCCGCGGAGAAUCAUCUUGGACUCUCCGCUUUUACGAGUCUUUCUUUGUGGAGUGUGUUCCAGUGAUCUUGUCUGAUAAAGUGGAGCUGCCUUUCCAGAACGUGAUCGAUUACUCCCGGGUAUCCAUCAAAUGGCCGUCGACUCGGAUUAGCACUGAGCUUCUCGAUUACCUGGCUUCGAUAUCGGACAAAGACAUAGAAGGAAUGAUAGAGCGUGGUCGGGAAAUAAGGUGUGUGUUCGUGUACGGUGGGGAAUCCGAGCAGUGCACGGCGGUUGACGGGAUCCUGUGGGAGCUGCAGCGGAAAAUCAGGCAUUUCCAGCAGUCGGCCGAGACCUUUUGGCUGCACGAUGGCAGCGUCGUCAACCGAGACCUCGUCGAGUUCAGUCGCUGGAGAUCUCCGAUGCCUCUUCCCUGACAAAUACUAUGAUGUUUAGUGAUUAUUUCUAUUUUUUUUUUCACUUUUAAAAACUCAAUGCAUCUUCUGUUAUAAUUACAUGUCGAUUGUGUAAAUAUACACAAAUCAGAGCAUCAGGACUUGCGGGUUUCUGUAGAAACCGAAUCAGUCCUCUUUA